AAGAGAGAGGGGAGUGCCUGCGUUUGCAGCGGAUUAAAAACUGCGCAAUUUCCACACGCUCAUCUCCUCCACUCUAAAAUGAAACUCAUAAGGGGCUCGCGCCGUGGCACCAUUUUUGCCAACAUCCUCGCUUUGCCGAAACUGCAUAAUAUAAUAUUGUGGCGGCAGAGAGAAGUCGUGAGAUUUGUGCACGCUUUCUCUCUCUCUCUCUCUCUCGGAGGGGAGGACUCUGAAAUAAUUGUGUGCGCUGAUGUUUGUCACAUCAUCUCCUCUUACAGUGGUCAGUCCGCAUCCACGCCGACAUUUUUCAAAAUGUGCAGGAGCGCGUUAACAAUGUGCAGAUUAAUGGCAUCAUGAAGGUGCUGGCGGAUCGCGUUCUGCGGUGUUCAUUCAACGUGCACGAGAGGAAAGAAACUGCGUAGCUGCUUUUGAGGUUGUAUUUUACAAUGAGGACAUGCGACAAGAAGCCACCUCCCAGUUGUAUCAUCCGUGCAUUAACAGGUGUUGUUUCACCAUGGCUGAGAUUUGGUUGGCCAACAUGAGUGUUACUCAGGAAGACUCAAGGAAUCACAUGUCCAGUGGUACGCCCGCACUUCCUUCACUCAGCCAAUGGGAGAGCACGGUCAAAACACACGUUUAUAAGUGGGCCAGUGGAGUGGAUGGAUUCUACCUGCACAGUCAGUGGGACAGAAGUGGAGGGGGGAAGACAGAGCCAUGCUCAGCAUUGACUGACCUAACAGAAUGGACUUAACAGAAGGAGGGAGAGAGAGGAAGGAAAAGGAACAAGAGGGAGAGAGUGAGACAUAGCUGAGUCAGCUACAGGAAGUCGUGUGGGUAGAUAUCCUGUGCACACCUCCUCACAGCAUGAAGAAAAGAACAUGAUGUCACUCAGAGAGUGGAAUGAAAGAGCUGAUGGCACACACUCAACCCACCUGCUGAAGAUCCCGUCUAACUUCUGGGAGCCAGGACUAGAGGAGACGCAAGUUGCUCUCGCGGGACGAGUUUUACUACUAAAGUAAUCCACGACCGCAGAGUCUGCCGAGAUGAUCGACCAAUGGUGCUAAACCGCAAAUCUUCAGACGAUUGAGAGGUGGUUCUAGAUGCUUAUUUGACAGUCUAGGAGCAGCAGAAAACAGCUUCUCCUUAGUGUUGGUGAGUGACCCUCUCUGUUGUGCAGUGGAGGGCUUCACACUCAAAGCUAGUGUGGCUGGAUGCAUCACACAGCAGAACAGUUCGGCGGGUGCAGCACACGGGACCCAUUUCCUCUGGAUGGACUCAACCGGGGACAAUGGGCUUCUGUGGGCAGCCGCACCUGGCAACCUCCCUCCAGGUGCUUACCUGGUGUCAGUCAACACCAAUUCCUCCCUCAUCACCCACCCAGUCUCAUGCCUGGGCUUAACCAUCCUAGUAAAUUCUUAAAUAAUGGUCCCUUACCUCGAGGGGAUAAGCAGGACCGGUCUCAGGCUUUGUUGCCAGGAUUACAAAGAGUGUCCCCAGCACCUCCCAGGCCUUGGGAACCAACCAGAACUGGCCAGGGAUACGAAACAUUGUCUGGUGAUGACCACAACCGUUUGCACAGUGGCUACAAUGCAGGGCCUCCUGCACACCUCACUGCUCGAGCCAAUCAGCUACUGAAGUAUGGUGCUCCUCAUCCUCAACAUGGCUCCCGGGCUAUGCCUCUAUUACCUGAUCUAUGGACUCAACCUCAGACUCAACAGCAACCCAGGGGACCUCACUCUCAUCCUGGACAGUUAAAACGGCCAGGGCCCCCUCUUGGAGAGCACUCAGUCAUCCAACACACCCCUGCUCCGUCUCUGCACUGCCCCAUGGAGGACUGUCCCAAUCCUAGCAAGAGAAAGAAGAGCUCUGGGUCUGAGCAGCAGACUCCUCAUCCAGCUAUGCAGCGCAUACCUGGGCCACCUGUACAUUUGAAUCAGCAGCCAUCCUCCCACUACCCCUCUCCCAAACCUGGAUUUUGGAACCCACUGCACAAAGGAGGAGCACCCUGGAACCCAUCUGAACGCAAAAGCGAGCCCAUCGAUUUCCAAGAUUCAGCUAAACCAGGAAUUGGAAGUUUCCCCUACAGACCACCUACACUGAAUCCAUCAACCAUGUCUCCACCCACCAUUCCCCCCACAAGAGGCUACGGACAGAGCAGAGUUCCUCCGCCACAAUCCCACAAGACCACUCCAUCACCACAGUCUCUGGGACCACCUUCACACAGCUCUCACAUCCAACAUCCUACAUACCCCUAUGCCAACAACAGAUCUUCAGUUCAAGGAGAACCACAGGGUAAUACUCCACAAAGAGGACAUAAUUCUGGAGUGAAUUCUUUGGGUAACCAGGCUCCACAACCGCCUAUAUCCUCCUUAUCACUGCGGGCAGGUAGGGAGCACCCUGCACCCUCACCAGCAAACCACACCAUUGUGCCUUACAGUCACUCCCAGUUCCAGCCUCACCCAGGGCUAGGCCAUUCCACCAGCCCACCGGCCAGCAGCCAGGCCCAGGCCAUAGUACCUCAGCACAACCCCCACAAACCCUGGAGGAACCAGGUGACACACGGACAGCAUGCAGAGUCACAUGUCUAUUCAGGCACAGGGGAUUCUGAGGUUUCCCCUCACCUUUCCCAGGCACAGAAUAGGGUUGUUGGGGAUACCCAGGGUCCAAAGACCCUCCAACGCAUGACACCUCCUCAGGCCCCUGCUGGAGCACCUGUGAUUACCCCAAAUCUGGAAAUUCCCCAUCCACCAUGUUCCUUGGAACUUUACAUCAAUGAUGGAGGCAUCCCUAGAAUUAAAUCAGCACCCCCUACCACCUGCUCCAACCCAAGUUCCCUGAGCAGCUGGAGAGCCACUGACUCUUCAGUGCUAAUCUCCAACCCAAACCAUGUAUCUAUGAUUGAACCACAUCCAGGGUAUCAGGGUGUCCACCCUGGUGUUGGUACCCAUCCACACCCACACAGAGUGGCACAGUCCCAGCUUCAGCAGUCUGCUCUUCCCCACACAGGACAAGGUAGACCUAACUACAUCCCAGUGUCAUCUGCUCCUUCCACCCUAAACUCAGGGCUUCAGAGAUCAGGGGAGAGCGUCAUCACCAGCAAUUCCUCCAACACUCUCCCACAGACAGUCAGUUCACCCUUACAUCACCCUCAACCUCCAGCACACAUAAUGGUCAACUCAGCCAUACAGCCAAUGCCCAACAGUUUAUACACAAAGGUGCCCAUUCAAGCAUCCUCCUCAGUUUCUCAGGCAACUACUACGGUCCCAGCCCCAGUCUACCAAAGGCCCUGUUUGCAACCUGCUGCCCCAAGCCCUCAGUCCAUUGCUGAUGCUUUAAAUAAGCUUGAUGCAGAACUGCAGGGCCACAUGCAAGCAGAGGAGAGAAGGAGAGAGCAGGAGGAGGAGAGGAAACAGGAUAAAGACAGGCAGGAAGUAGAGAUAAAGCCACACAAUGAGUCUGCCAUCAAGAGUCUGGAGCGUUUGCUGUCAGGUACUGCAGCAGAGCCUCCACCCCCUCAUCUUUCUCCAGCUAAUGCACCUUCCUCCAUCUCAUCUCCUUGCCAGAAUUCACCACCCUAUCCCUGGUUGAGUCGAGGUGGAUUGCCCCCACGUCCUUCUGGAACUGCAUCAACCCUUCUAGAACGAUCACAGCCACCUCCUCUCACCCCUCAGACAGAAUAUGCACGUGAAAAGCAAAGGCAGAGAGAGAAGUGGAAGAGUGGAGCACCCUUCAGUCCUCCAUCACAGAAUUCCACUGGGAUCCCCACAUCCACAUACCCCUCCAAGGCUGGUGUUAUGGGUUCCAUGGACAACCACACAAUACAAUCAAAACCCAACCCAUCCAAAGGCCCCAGCAUGCUAAAAGGCUCUCAUAAUGUUGGGAUUAUGGAUGCUAUACCCAACCCCCCACCACUGAGAGAGCCACCUAAACUAUACCAGGCCUUCCCCAAGGAUGCUCGCUUUUCGUGCACACCAAUCAGCACAACUGCAAGUAGCCUUCAAAAACAAAUGCCCAGUACAGGGCUUAGAAGUCUGGGUAGCAGUGCUAGUAGCUGCAGUGGUGACUAUGAUAGUGCCCAGUUUGAGGAGGAACCUUCCGAGCUUUUGCCUGAUGGAUUAGCUAACAUUAUGAAGAUGCUAGAUGAGUCAAUCAAGAAAGAGGAGGAGUUGUAUUCUGGUCAGAGUGGAGAACAGAGGGUACCAGAACCUCCAUUUUCUGCAAAUGUUGUUCCCAUGAAGGGUUAUUUAUGUGCUCCAGACCUCAUGCCUGCCCUAAAACAAUCUCAAACAGAAGAUUAUCAGCCAGACAGCCAUACAAGCCCACCUGUGUUAAGUCGGCAAGGUUCAUUGGUGUCUCCUUGCAGCCGCACAUCUUCACUUGAGGAAGAGGAGGAGGUUCCGAAAGUCAUUCCCAAGCCUGCCAAUGCCCUAAGUAAGCAGACCCAAGAAAGCCUUCUGCCCACAACAGGAACCAGCUAUCGCCAUAGUGACUUGGCUAAGCUGUAUGGCCUUCCAGAGGUGGAAAAAAGUGAGUGUGAGGACGAUGAAGAAGAAGAUCGAGAAGAUGAAACUCCAUCUUGUUCACCACCACCUCAGCGGCCACACCUCCAUCAGACAGGUGUGAACAGCAUGUUUAAAAACCUUGCAUCUGUGCUUGAGAGCCAGAAAUAUACCUACCGUGGUGGACCCUUUGGCCGCCCUCCUCCCUCUGCUUUUGUGGGAGUGAAGUACUCUUCCUCUCUUUCUCUGGGUCCUGACAUUUGCAGGCAACAACAAAGCACUUCCCCCACAUCAGGUUCAGCCAAUCACCAUGUCUUUAGCAGUCUGACCCAACUCCCUGCCAGUAGUAACUCAGGUCAGCCCCACUCCCUCUCACCCACAGGAUGGGUGUCAGAAAGCAAGAAAGACACUAAAAUAAGCCAGUCAGAUCUUUUGGGUAACUAUGAUGAGGAAGAGAAGAGAGAAGAUCCCCCAGGUGAGAAAGAUUCUCAAUCUGAGAAUGAGUUAAUGGAGAUGGAAAAACUACCAAAGUUGACCACCAUCUCAGAAUCUUCGCUAGCAGAACUUGGUCAUAGCUAUGAGAUGAACAAACAUACACUCCCUUCUACAGACUGCUCAAAGGUAGAGUUGCACGAGAUUAGCAAACCUGUUAAAGAAAAGGAUCGACAUAGAGACAGAGAACGAGAGAGGAAACACAAACACACUAGCAAGAAAUAUGAGGACAGGAAAGAGAGGAAGAAAAAGCACAGAGAAAAACAAGACGAUAUGUCCCUUUCUUCUUCAUCUUCCUCAUCCUCCAGCUCCAGUCGACGGCACAAGGACGGAAAGUCACACAAGGAAAAGAAGAGCAGGCAGGUGCUGGGCAACUUGGACCUUCAGAGUAAAGAGGUCAGGGAGAAGGAACAAGAGUGUGAUGGGGACAAGAAAAGAAGGAAAGAGGAAUGUAGCCGAUCGCAGAGUGAAGGAGAAGAGUGGGCACGGAGUAAGGACAAGAGCAAUAACUCUGUUCGUUCCUCCGAACUCCAAUCAGCUUCAUCAGCAUUAUGUUCUGAUGACUUUCAGAAACUCAAGGCUUUGACAGAUGGGCCACCCAAAGAACUGAAGAUCCGCCUUAUAAAGGUGGAGAGUGGAGAUAGGGAAACGUUCAUUGCUUCAGAGGUGGAGGAGAAGAGGAUUCCUCUAGAGGAAAUCACCAUAAAGAACACAGCUAGUGAAAUCAUCCGAGCCUGCAAGGGAGCUCGCGUGAAAGGGAAGUUUAAGGAGUCUUACCUCCUACCUGCCUUCUCUGUGAAACCAAUUAUGACCACUGAGCAGCCCAUCCCUCCAGAAAAACUCAACCCCCCCACACCCAGUAUAUAUUUGGAGAGUAAGAGAGAUGCAUUUUCACCAGUGCUGUUGCAGUUCUGCACAGAUCCGAAGAACCCCAUCACUGUCAUCAGGGGACUUGCUGGCUCCCUAAGACUAAAUUUGGGUUUGUUUUCCACUAAGUCUUUGGUGGAGGCAAAUGGGGAACAUUCAGUGGAAGUGCGGACCCAGAUCCAGCAGCCAGCAGAUGAGAACUGGGAUCCCACUGGCACUGGCCAAACGUGGCCCUGCGAGAGCAGCAGGUCGCAUACAACUAUCUCCAAGUAUGCUCAGUACCAGGCCUCCAGCUUCCAGGAGAGCUUACAGGAAGAGAAGGACAGUGAUGAUGACAAUGAUGAAGAUGAGAAACCAGCCACUAACUCUGAGAACGCAUCCAGUAACUCCUCUGCUACUGGCUCCAGUUCAGAGCAGAAAACUGUGGGAAAGAUAAUUAAAUUUGGCACCAACAUUGACUUAUCUGAUCCUAAAAGAUGGAAGCCCCAGCUGCAAGAACUGCAGAAGUUGCCAGCAUUUAUGCGUGUGUCCUCCAGUGGGAAUAUGCUGAGCCAUGUUGGACACACAAUUCUGGGCAUGAAUACAGUACAACUCUACAUGAAGGUCCCUGGCUGCCGCACACCAGGACACCAGGAGAACAAUAACUUCUGUUCCGUGAACAUCAAUAUUGGGCCCGGAGAUUGCGAGUGGUUUGCCGUCCAUGAUGACUACUGGCAGGCUAUCAGUGAUUUUUGUGAAAAGCAUGGAGUGGACUACCUGACGGGAUCAUGGUGGCCAGUUCUGGAUGACCUGUACCGCUCUAAUAUACCUGUGUACCGGUUCAUCCAGAGGCCAGGAGACCUGGUGUGGAUCAACGCUGGCACUGUACACUGGGUUCAGGCUGUGGGCUGGUGCAACAACAUCGCUUGGAAUGUGGGGCCUCUCAACUCAUAUCAGUACCAGUUGGCUUUAGAGAGGUUUGAGUGGAACGAAGUGAAGAAAGUGAAAUCCAUCGUUCCUAUGAUUCAUGUGUCCUGGAACAUAGCACGCACUGUCAGAGUCACUGACCCAGACACUUACAAGAUGAUUAAACACUGUCUUCUCCAGUCUAUGAAGCACAUUCAGAUCCUAAGGGACCAGCUGGUGGCAGCAGGAAAGAAGAUAUCCUACCAGAGCAGAGUGAAGGAUGAGCCAGCCUACUACUGUAACGAGUGUGAUAUGGAGGUGUUUGACCUGCUGUUUGUGACCAGUGAGAAUGGCAGUCGGAAGACGUAUGUAGUGCACUGCGACGACUGUGCACGACAACGCAACCCUAACCUCUCCAAUGUAGUAGUGCUGGAGCAAUGGCGCAUGGAGGAGCUGAUGAAUGUGUAUGACUCUUUCAACCUGGCCAUCACUCCCAGCUCCCGAUGAGUAUGACUCAUCCCUUUCCCUCACACAGCCAUAACCAAAACUCCUGCUCGCAGGACAAGAUCUUUUGUUUUAGUCCAAUUUAAGACUUCUUUUUUUCCAACAGUAAUUUUAACUACUACUGCUAAUAUUUGUUGAACUGCCAACUGAAAACCAGUUUACUCAGCAUUGUUUACAGAACCAGUCAGCCAAUAAGACACCGGUUUCCUUCUGUAUGUCUUGUGUACCAGCCUCUGAAUGGCUCUGAGGGACUUCAAAUGGAACACAACCGUGGAGUUGAUGAGAUCAUGUCAUGUCUGGCAUGUCUGUUUUGGUUUUAGUUCUUAGUUUUCUUAUGUUUCUUUUUUGUUUUGUCUUGAAUACUGAAAUGUGUAAAUGCUCUUUGUACUUUUCAUGGGGUGCUUAUUUUAUUUUUUCCAAUAAUUUAUUAUUUCUAAAACUAGAACAGCCUAGAUAUAUACCACAUUGGCCUUGUGACUUGUAUUUAGUGAAGAGAUAAAAUGAAUAAUACUAAUAAUAGAGCUAUGGACAUUUUUCUAAAGCAUUAAGAAUUAAAAGACAGUUGUUCAGAAUGAUUCAAAACAUACGGGUUUUAAAGACUUUUUCAGUUUUAGAUAUGGAAUGUUGUGUUUAUGAUGUCAUUAUUUUGUUUUCCACAAAGCAAAUUCAUCAGCAGGACAAAAAGCAUUUUAGGAUUGUGUUUUUUUUCUUCUUCUAAUCACUCAUUGUCCUGCAUUUUGUGAGAAUAUAAUUGUUCAGUGAAUUAUUCCUCACCGCUAUACAGAUCGAUUCUUUUUUUUAAUUGUAAAUUUUUUUUUUAUUUAAAAAUCUUCUAUUUAUUGGAUAUAAAAUGUUGUCCCCUGCCUCAAUAUGGUUAUCAGAUAUGUAUUAAGGGUUGCUAUUGUUGUUCUAAUUUCUUUGUAAUAUUUUAAAGGGGAAGUUAUAAGGUGCUGAUAUAUUUUUUGUUGUUGUUUAAGUCUUGGUGCUUACCCCUUUAAAUAUCUGUCUAUAUAUAUUAAAUCUCUCAGAACUGACUCCAUGUCCAUAUAUAUUGUAGAGCACAGAACGGUUGGAUUUGACUUAAAUCCUAAAUUGUCUUCUGUACACAAAAGUUUUUAAAAAGACAUUUCCCCUCUUACGUUAACAAGUGACAAAUGUGAUCAUGGUUACGUAUUUGGACACCUGUUUACCUUGUCAGUUUUAUUUAAAAAAAAAUUUAAAAUAAUAAUUAAUUCAGGGGCCAUGUUCAGAAGCGUUCUCAGAAUAGAACAGCUCUCUGAAACAAAUGAAAAAAAAAAAUUUUUUUUUUUUUUUUUUUACUUAAAAUGGUGACUUGAACUUAUGUCAGUAAUACUGAGCCUAGAUAAGCAACCUACUCUAUUCAUGAACUGGGGUAAAAAAAAAAUUUUUUUACCGUACCUAAGACAUUUAGUGGUGCUUCUGUCCUUUUGAAAAUGCUGUUCAUUUGAGGACACAUUUGCCAUGCUGGCCACAGCAGGCGUAAUCUUUCAAUAUACACAGUGUGAAUGGGAUUGAAAUUAUCUUUGAUUUAUAAACUGUAAUUUUUACCAAACUUUAGAUGUGUUAGCUUGAAAUAAUCCAUGUAUUAUCAGGAAAUGUUGGUUUUAUGAUGUAGAUGGUGCUGAGAUCUUCUUGAGCUAUACUCUUGAUAUUUUUUUUUUUUAAGAAAUAUUUUUUCCUUUUGCAAUAUACACUUCUCUCAUUUUUAUUUUUGUGGUUAUUUAAAAUCUGCACUGUUUUGGAAUUCACACACGAAGCAAACUGAGCCAGACAUGUCUUAAACACUUUGUGAAUUCGUGUGACAUUGAUUACUCUGAAUAAUAUUAAAUGCUUUUGAUAAACUUUGA